CAUGCAUCCCGCUCCCCGCCGCGAGGGCUCGCUGGAGGCCGCCGCUCAGUUAAAUAAGUCAAAUUACAUGAUGAUUGAAGAUAAUAAAGAGAAUGAAGACCAUGCAUCAGAAAGAGGAAGAACAGCCAUCAUUUUUUCCUUGAAGAAUGAAGUCGGAGGACUUGUAAAAGCAUUAAAACUCUUUCAGGAGAAGCAUGUAAAUCUGGUACAUAUAGAGUCACGGAAGUCCAAGAGACGAAAUUCUGAGUUUGAGAUCUUUGUGGACUGUGACAGUAACAGGGAACAACUGAAUGAGAUCUUCCAGCUCCUGAAAUCCCACGUCAACAUUGUCUCUGUGAACCCGACAGAGCAUUUCAAUAUCCAGGAAGAUGACAUGGAGAAUGUUCCCUGGUUUCCGAAGAAGAUCUCAGAUUUGGAUAAGUGUGCAAACAGAGUGCUGAUGUAUGGGUCUGAUUUGGAUGCUGACCAUCCAGGUUUCAAAGACAAUGUCUAUCGCAAGAGGCGAAAGUAUUUUGCAGACCUGGCUAUGAACUACAAACAUGGUGACCCAAUUCCCAAGAUUGAAUUUACUGAGGAGGAGAUCAAGACUUGGGGGACUGUGUACCGAGAGCUUAACAAGCUUUACCCAACUCAUGCCUGCAGAGAGUACCUUAAAAACUUACCCUUGCUCACCAAAUACUGUGGGUACAGGGAAGACAAUAUCCCCCAGCUGGAAGAUGUGUCCCGCUUCCUGAAAGAGCGCACAGGUUUCACGAUUCGACCCGUUGCUGGAUACCUAUCACCCAGAGACUUCUUGGCAGGAUUAGCAUUCAGAGUUUUUCACUGCACUCAAUACGUUAGACACAGCUCGGACCCACUCUAUACACCAGAGCCUGAUACCUGCCAUGAGCUUCUAGGCCAUGUUCCUCUUUUGGCUGAACCCAGUUUUGCUCAGUUCUCCCAGGAAAUUGGUCUUGCAUCACUUGGGGCAUCAGAUGAGGCUGUCCAAAAACUGGCAACAUGCUACUUCUUCACUGUAGAGUUUGGCUUGUGCAAGCAGGAGGGACAGCUACGAGUUUAUGGGGCUGGCUUGCUCUCUUCAAUUAGCGAGCUCAGGCACUCGCUCUCUGGCAAUGCCAAAGUCAAGCCUUUUGAUCCAAGGGUCACCUGCAAGCAAGAAUGCCUCAUUACAACUUUCCAGGAGGUUUAUUUUGUUUCUGAAAGUUUUGAAGAAGCAAAGGAAAAGAUGAGAGAGUUUGCAAAAACCAUCAAACGCCCAUUUGGUGUGAAGUACAAUCCAUAUACUCAAAGUGUGCAGAUCCUGAAAGACACGAAGAGCAUUGCCAGUGUGGUGAAUGAGCUACGUCAUGAGCUGGACAUUGUCAGUGAUGCCCUCAGCAAGAUGGGCAAGCAGCUGGAAGUUUAACACCCCUGUCACCAGUGUGGUGCACUUGGCAACUCUUUUCCCUGCUGAUUUCUUUCUAAGCAUGUGAUGUGUUGUAUGCAGAAGUCUCUCCUUUACAAAUGGAAGAAUGAAUGGCCCAUAAGGAUAAUAAUUUCAUUUUGUUUCUCUGUGUAAAGCCCCUUGCAGAAUGUAUUCCUCUAUCCCCCUUGGAUUAAAAAAAAAAGGCCUGAAGGGGCCUUUGAGAAGCUGGUGGGGGAGAAGAGACAUUGCUAGACUGGAGCAAAAGUGUGGUCUGUGGAUCAGGUUUGGGAUCAGAUGCUGCAGAAGCUGUCUUUUGAGGCAAUAAUGUAAUAAUUUGCCCCAAGGAAAUGUCAGUUUCUGACUCUAGUAGUCUAUGCUACUAAUUUUAUAGCAUUGCAGACUUUAUAGUGUAGAAGCUAUAGUAAUCAGGGCUUCUAAGUCUGUGCUACUACGUUUAAAACUUGAAUGAUUACAAUGAAAGCAUCAGGACACAAAUAGCUGGAGCUGAUAAAAUUGAGGGGUCAAAUCUUGCUUUCAGAAGGAUCUUUCUUGCCCCCAGAGAAUUUCAAAUGUACUGUUUGUCAUGCUUCUAGUACAAGGCAGAUACAGAGCUGUUGCAUGAAAUCCUAAUUCUGUUUAUUUUAAGAGACUAUUGGCUCAGAGAGUCAGGAUUUUUGUUGCUGGCCCUGAUAUUGCACCUGAGUGAAGACCUUUCCUUAGAGAAGUACCAUUUGCCUUUUUCAUGAUUUAAUUUAUUUAAAGAAAAAAAAUAGCAAGCCAUCAGGUACUGACUUAGCACAAAGCCUACACCCAUUUCCAAAUCACAAUUUAAUAUUCAAAAUAGUUUCAUUAGUUGUAAAAUAACACCAAAGAUUAAAAUAACAGCCAAAGUUCAUAGUCUAGCCUGGCUUUUUGUAAGAUUAAGUAUCCUAUUGAUCGCUUGGUCACUUUAUUGACCUGCACAAGCUGCACAAAGGUACAUUUUGUUUCUUCUUUACUAGGCCUGAAUGCCUUCAUUCCUUGCCAAGCAAAUGUUAACUGAAAGGCCCAAGCAUUUCAUAGGAAUUCUGUGGCUAUGAAUGCAACAAACUACCUUGUAGCAUAAAAUAUAUCUAGUUCCAAAGAGCACUUUACAAGUGGUGGGAAGGAGUGUCCUGGUGAAUUGUUUCUAUCACAUAGUAGCAAACAUCCCAGUUUUCAGGGCUCCAUAGUUUCAAGCAUCCCGCAUAGCUGUACAAAGCGGUGCCAGCUACUGUUUCUGCUGACCCUGACAAUGAAAUGAAUAUAUGUACAGGAUAUGAUACAUCUGAAUGGAAGAUCUGUGAUGUGCAGGGUGUAUUUAAUAGCAUGCUAAGCACUGAUAGGUAGAGCUUACCGGAAAUACAGAAUCUGCAGCUGUGAAUGUUGCUGGAAAAAUGGACAGAACACUGGAGAUGAUAGUUCAGGAUUUUGAGACCUUGAAAGGACUUUCAUGAACCUCUGUGCUUGAAAAUCAGUUUGAAUUACAUAUGCUUUCUGGUAGGCCACAUCUGCUCCAUAAGCAAUUGCUGGCCCAAUCUUUCCAAAUAUAUUCACUGUUUAAAUCAAGUCUAGAUAAUUUUUUCUGUGACUGUGAACCCAUCAUAACUAUGUUUUUCUUUUUUUUUAAUAACAUUUAAGACAUAGAAAUAUGGUCUGCAACAUUUAUGGCUUACAUUAUACCUUAAAGUAGAUUUUAGGGCCCUUGUCUUUAAAGAAACCUUAUAUGUGAGUAGUAAGGGACGAUCUAUUUUGCCUGCUUCUGUGACAACAGUUAAUAAUGCCAAUAUUUUUAAAAAGGCAGCUGAAUAUUAUGUUGUUGAAAUACACAAAGAUCUGUGUUACUUCAAAUCUUUGUCUGAACUAUGUACACAUUUCAAGUAGGAAACUUUACUGAAUUAGCCCUUAAUUUAAAAUACUUUGGAAAACCAGCAAUUGUAUCUUUAUUUACACUUGUGUAGCAAAAAAUAAACUGUUAACAGUAAUGUAGAGAA